CGAGCUGCUGGGAGAAGCGCGAGCCGCAGUGUCUGUCCUCGCGCCGCCUGCCCGCCGCCAGCACGAGCCCCCACCCACCCCCGGGCCAACGCGCACCCUCCUGCCGGAGCUGCUCUCUGGCUCCUCGAUUCUUCCCCCUUCUCCCCCACGUUCUUUCUCCGUCGCUCGCCUGCGGGGAAGAGCGCCGGGGUCCGGGUCCGGAUUAAAUGCAACAACGCCGCCGCCUCCUCUUCUUCUUCCUCCCCCUCCUCUUCCUCCCGCUGCUGCUGCGAGGAUGUGAGGGGACUACGAACCUGGGAAGCCCAGUCCAACCAGCCACCAGACGCUGCCCCUUGUGAAGCUCGGCAAGUCAGGCUGCGUGGGGUGGGGGGGGCCUGCCCCCCUCCCCCCUUCCUCUCCCUGCAACCACCCAUCCAUCCAGGGUCCGGUUGGAGGCGGUACCUGAGGAUGUCGCCUGCCCGCAGCAUGGCCAUGGCGCCCGGCGCUAGCCAUUUGGUACUGGUCGUCGCCCUCCUGCUUGGCUGCGUGGCUGAGGAACUCCCAAGAUUCAUCAAGGAGCCAAAGGACCAGAUUGGCGUGUCGGGUGGCGUGGCUUCCUUCGUGUGCCAGGCCACGGGUGACCCCAAGCCACGGGUUACCUGGAACAAGAAGGGCAAGAAGGUUAAUUCGCAACGGUUUGAGACCAUCGAAUUUGACGAGAGUGCAGGUGCCGUGCUGCGAAUCCAGCCACUUCGAACGCCACGGGACGAGAAUGUGUACGAGUGUGUGGCCCAAAACCCUGUUGGGGAGAUCACCGUCCACGCCAAGCUCACCGUGCUCCGAGAGGACCAACUGCCCUCCGGCUUCCCUAACAUCGACAUGGGGCCCCAGCUCAAGGUGGUCGAGCGUACCCGGACCGCUACCAUGCUCUGUGCGGCCAGUGGCAAUCCAGACCCCGAGAUCACCUGGUUCAAAGACUUCCUCCCCGUGGACCCCAGUGCCAGCAAUGGGAGGAUCAAGCAACUGCGAUCGGGAGCCCUGCAGAUUGAGAGCAGUGAGGAGACGGACCAGGGGAAGUACGAGUGUGUGGCUAGUAACAGCGCCGGGGUCCGCUACUCGUCACCCGCGAACCUUUACGUGAGAGAGCUGCGAGAAGUGCGCCGGGUGGCCCCCCGCUUCUCCAUCCUGCCCGUGAGCCAUGAGAUCAUGCCCGGCGGCAAUGUCAACAUCACCUGCGUGGCAGUUGGCUCGCCCAUGCCCUAUGUCAAGUGGAUGCAGGGGGCUGAGGACCUCACCCCCGAGGAUGACAUGCCCGUCGGGCGCAACGUCCUGGAGCUCACAGACGUCAAGGAUUCGGCCAACUACACGUGCGUGGCCAUGUCCAGUCUGGGAGUUAUCGAGGCUGUGGCCCAGAUCACAGUGAAAUCCCUCCCCAAGGCCCCCGGCACGCCCAUCGUGACAGAGAACACGGCCACCAGCAUCACCAUCACCUGGGACUCGGGCAACCCCGACCCGGUAUCCUACUAUGUGAUCGAGUACAAGUCCAAGAGCCAGGAUGGGCCGUACCAGAUCAAGGAGGACAUCACCACAACCCGCUACAGCAUCGGGGGGCUGAGCCCCAACUCCGAAUACGAGAUCUGGGUGUCUGCCGUGAACACCAUCGGCCAGGGCCCUCCCAGCGAGUCGGUCGUGACCCGGACUGGGGAGCAGGCCCCAGCCAGUGCCCCCCGCAACGUGCAGGGCCGGAUGCUCAGCGCCAGCACCAUGAUCAUCCAGUGGGAGGAGCCCGUGGAGCCCAACGGCCUGAUCCGUGGCUACCGGGUCUACUACACCAUGGAGCCCGACCACCCCGUGGGCAACUGGCAGAAGCACAAUGUGGACGACAGCCUGCUGACAACCGUAGGCAGCCUACUGGAGGACGAGACCUACACCGUCAGGGUCCUGGCCUUCACAUCUGUCGGCGACGGGCCCCUCUCUGACCCGAUCCAGGUGAAGACGCAGCAGGGAGUGCCCGGGCAGCCCAUGAAUUUCCGGGCCGAAGCCAAGUCGGAGACGAGCAUUGGGCUGUCGUGGAGCCCCCCGCGGCAGGAGAGCGUAGUCAAGUACGAGUUGUACUACCGGGAGGGCGAGCACGGCAAAGAGGUGGGCAAGACCUUCGACCCGACCACCUCGUACUCAGUGGAAGACCUGAAGCCCAAUACGGAAUAUGCCUUCCGCCUGGCUGCCCGCUCACCACAGGGUCUGGGCGCGUUCACUGCGGAGGUCAGGCAGCGCACGCUGCAGUCCAAACCGUCCGCCCCCCCUCAAGACGUAAAAUGCGUCAGCACGAGGUCCACUGCCAUUCUGGUAAGUUGGCGCCCGCCGCCAGCCGAGAGCCAAAACGGCGUCCUGGCGGGAUACAGCGUCCGCUACCGUGCGCUGGAUUCAGAAGACCCAGAGCCCAAGGAGGUGACCCGCAUCCCCCCAACGGCCAGCCACAUCCUCCUGGAGUCGCUGGAGAAGUGGACGGCAUACCGCAUCACCACCGUGGCCCACACGGAGGUGGGGCCCGGGCCGGAGAGCUCCCCUGUCGUCGUCCGCACAGACGAAGAUGUGCCCAGCGCCCCGCCCCGGAAGGUGGAGGUGGAGGUGCUGAACGCAACGGCCAUCAAGGUGCUGUGGCGCUCGCCCAUCCCAAGUCGGCAGCAUGGCCAGAUCCGGGGCUAUCAGGUCCACUACGUGCGCAUGGAGAAUGGAGAGGCCCGGGGCCCGCCCCAGAUCAAGGACGUCAUGCUGGCGGACGCCCAGUGGGAAACAGAUGACACUGCUGAAUACGAAAUGGUCAUUGCCCGGCUGCAGCCCGAAACCUCAUACUCCAUCACCGUGGCCGCCUACACCAUGAAGGGGGACGGGGCGCGCAGCAAGCCCAAGCUGGUGGUUACCAAGGGCGCAGUUCCCGGGAGACCCACCCUGUCUGUGCGGCCGACUGAGGACAGCACCCUGCUGGUGCAGUGGGAGCCACCCGCCGGCUCGGAAGGCCAGGUUCUGGGCUACCGGCUGCAGUUCGGCCGCCAGGAUGUGCCCCCUCCAGCCACCCUGGAGUUUCCAGCGCAGCAGACCCGCUACGUGGCCGGCGGCAUCCACCGGGGCGCCACCUAUGUCUUCCGGCUGGCGGCCAAGGGCCGGGCGGGCUUCGGCGAAGAGGCCGUGGGGGACUUCGCCACCCCGGAGGACGUGCCCCGGGGUUACCCCCAGAUCCUGGAGGCCGGCAACAUCACCUCUGCCUCAUUCCGCAUCGGCUGGCUGCCCCCUGUGCUGGCCGAGAGGAACGGCGCCAUCGUGGGCUACACAGUGGCUCUCCGUGAGGCCGGGGCCCCCGGCGGCCCCGUGGAGACAGAGCUGCCUGCCACCGGGGCCGAGAACGCGUACACCCUGCGCGGCCUCAAGCCCGGCACAGCCUAUGACGUGAAAAUCCGCGCCCGCACGGCCAAGGGGCCGGGGCCUUAUAGCCCUGCGGUCCAGUACCGGACCUUCCUCCCGGACCAAGUUUCCCCCAAAAACUUCAAGGUGAAGAUGGUGAUGAAAACGUCCGUCCUGCUGAGCUGGGAAUUCCCAGAGAAUUACAACUCGCCCAUCCCGUACAAGAUUCAGUACAACGGGCUGACCAUCGAGGUGGACGGUCGCUCCACGCAGAAGCUCAUCACCAACCUGCGGCCCAACACCUUCUACAACUUCGUCCUGACCAACCGCGGCAACAGCAUGGGCGGCCUGCAGCAGACGGUGACCGCCUGGACGGCCUUCAACGUGCUGGCUGGCAAGCCCGCUGUCACCCACAAGCCCGACUCGGACGGCCACGUCACUGUGCUCCUGCCCGAUGGCGAGAGCCCCGUGCCCGUCCAGAACUAUUUCAUCGUCGUGGUGCCUCUGAGGAAAUCACGCAGCGGCCAGUUCCUGAACCCUGUGGGGGGUCCUGAGGAGAUGAACCUGGAGGAGCUGAUCCAGGACGUGGCCAGACUGCAGCGCCGGAGCCUGCGCCACUCGCGCCAGCUGGACGCGCCCAAGCCGUACAUCGCCGCCCACUUCCACGUGCUGCCAGCCCGCUUUGAGCUGGGGGACCAGAAGCACUAUGGGGGCUUCGACAACAAGGCCCUGGAGGCGGGGCAGAAGUACGUCUUCUUCGUCCUGGCCGCGCUCCAGAAACCUGAACCGACAUUUGCUGCCAGCCCCUUCUCUGACCCGAUCCAGCUGGACAACCCAGACCCUCAGCCCAUCAUCGACGGAGAGGAGGGUCUCAUCUGGGUCAUCGGGCCGGUCCUGGCCGUCGUUUUCAUCAUCUGCAUCGUCAUCGCCAUCCUGCUGUAUAAAAACAAACCGGAUAGCAAGAGGAAAGACUCAGAACUGCGUACCAAGUGCCUCCUGAACAACGCCGAUCUCACCCCCCACCACCCCAAGGACCCCGUGGAGAUGAGACGCAUCAACUUCCAGACUCCAGAUUCUGGCCUCAGCAGCCCCCUCAGUGACCCUGAGUUUGAAUUGGAAAGCAUGCUGAGCCACCCGCCUAUCCCCGUGGCCGAGCUCGCCGAGCACACGGAUCACCUUAAAGCCAAUGACAAUCUGAAACUCUCCCAGGAAUAUGAGUCCAUUGACCCUGGCCAGCAGUUCACCUGGGAACACUCAAACCUGGAAGUGAACAAACCAAAAAACCGCUACGCCAAUGUCAUCGCCUACGACCACUCCCGUGUGAUUCUGCUGCCCAUAGAAGGCCUCGUGGGCAGUGACUACAUCAACGCCAAUUACAUUGAUGGCUACCGCAAGCAAAACGCCUACAUCGCCACUCAGGGGCCGCUGCCCGAGACCUUCGGCGACUUCUGGCGCAUGGUGUGGGAGCAGCGCUCAGCCACAGUGGUCAUGAUGACCAAGCUGGAGGAGAAGUCUCGGAUCAAGUGUGACCAGUAUUGGCCUGGCCGAGGGACGGAGACGUAUGGGGUGAUCCAGGUGACCCUACUGGACACCGUCGAGCUCGCGACAUUCUGCGUGCGCACCUUCUCCCUGCACAAGAAUGGUUCCAGUGAGAAGAGAGAGGUCCGCCAGUUCCAGUUCACGGCUUGGCCAGACCACGGGGUGCCCGAGUACCCCACCCCCUUCCUGGCCUUCCUGCGGCGAGUCAAGACCUGCAACCCCCCUGAUGCUGGGCCCGUCGUCGUCCACUGCAGCGCCGGGGUGGGACGGACAGGCUGCUUCAUCGUCAUCGACGCCAUGCUGGAGCGCAUUAAGCAUGAAAAGACAGUCGACGUCUAUGGCCACGUGACCCUUAUGCGCUCCCAGCGCAACUACAUGGUGCAGACGGAGGACCAGUACAGCUUCAUCCACGAUGCCCUGCUGGAGGCCGUGGCUUGCGGCUACACUGAGGUCCCGGCCCGCAACCUCUACUCCUACAUCCAGAAGCUGGCGCAGAUUGAGGCGGGCGAGCACGUUACAGGAAUGGAGCUGGAGUUCAAGCGCCUCGCCAACUCCAAAGCCCACACGUCCCGGUUCAUCAGUGCCAACCUCCCCUGCAACAAAUUCAAAAACCGCCUGGUCAACAUCAUGCCCUACGAAACCACCCGCGUGUGCCUGCAGCCCAUCCGGGGCGUCGAGGGCUCCGACUACAUCAAUGCCAGCUUCAUCGAUGGAUACAGGCAGCAGAAGGCCUACAUUGCCACCCAGGGCCCCCUGGCCGAGAGCACAGAGGAUUUCUGGCGCAUGCUGUGGGAGAACAACUCCACCAUCGUCGUCAUGCUCACCAAGUUGCGGGAGAUGGGCCGGGAGAAGUGUCACCAGUACUGGCCGGCGGAACGGUCCGCGCGCUACCAGUACUUUGUGGUGGACCCCAUGGCUGAGUACAACAUGCCUCAGUACAUCCUGCGGGAGUUCAAGGUCACGGACGCCAGGGACGGCCAGUCUCGCACUGUCCGCCAGUUCCAGUUCACUGAUUGGCCAGAGCAGGGCGUGCCCAAGUCCGGCGAGGGCUUCAUUGACUUCAUCGGCCAAGUCCAUAAGACCAAGGAGCAGUUUGGCCAGGACGGGCCCAUCUCUGUCCACUGCAGCGCGGGCGUGGGCAGGACCGGCGUGUUCAUCACACUGAGCAUUGUCCUGGAGCGGAUGCGCUACGAGGGGGUGGUGGAUAUCUUCCAGACUGUCAAGAUGCUGCGAACGCAGCGACCUGCGAUGGUCCAGACGGAGGAUGAAUACCAGUUCUGCUACCAGGCGGCGCUGGAGUAUCUGGGGAGUUUUGAUCACUAUGCAACAUAAAAAAAAAAAAA